GCUCGGGCUGGCUCGUUUAACGACACGGCAAGUGCAAGGAGAUUAGAUCUGCUGCGCACAGCGGAUGGCUUCACAUAAAGAGCGCGAGGCAGGCGUGCCAGACCCCACCCACUGACAACGACCCACUUACACCAUGGCAGCAGCAGCAUACACCAAGACCAUCCUCAUCACGGGCGGCGGGAGCGGCAUCGGGCUCGAGGCGGCCAAAGCCCUGGCCAAGGACGCGACCACGCGCGUGGUGAUCGCGAACCGCAGCGCGCCGACCGCCGAGCUCCCGCCCAACAUCGAGUAUCGCAAGCUCGACCUGGGCGACCUGGCCAGCGUGGACGGGUUCGUCAAGACGUGGCCGCACGGCGCGAUCAACGCGGUAGCCUUCAACGCAGGCAUCAUGCCCAGCGGGGGGGUGACGCACACGCCCGCGGGCGUCGAGACGAGCUUCGCGAUCAACCACCUCGGCCACGCGGCCCUGUUCUUCGCGCUCAAGAACGCCAGCCUCCUCCAGCCGCACGCGCGCAUCGUCUUCACCAGCUCGGACCUGCACAACGACAGGAACCCCGCGCCGCUGUACCCUUUCUGGGAGAGCGCCGACGACGUCGCGCACGCGCGCAGCGCCAAGACGCAGAACGACGGCACGCGGUACUGUAAUUCCAAGCUUGCGAACGCGCUCUUCAGUCUCGCGCUGGCGCACCGCGUCGCGGAGAGCACGGACGAGAAGCAUAAGACGUGGGGCGUGAACACUUUCGACCCCGGCUUCGUGCCCGGCGGCGGGAGCCAGCUCGCACGGAACCAGCCGUUCAUCAUGCGCGCGCUCACAGACUACGUCGUGCCGUACUUCGCCUUCGUGUUCGACUGGGCGGGCAUCGAGACGUCCACGCCUCCGCGCAGCGGUGCCGGCCUGGCCGCGAUGCUGGUCAGCGACGCGUUCGCCGGCAAGUCGGGCGAGUACGUCCGCAUCGACCACGUCGUGGACCCGAGCACGCAGGCGUGCGACGUCAAGUUCCAGGACGAGCUGUGGGACUGGACUGUGGCGGAGCUUGGGCUGAGCGCGGGCGAGGCGGCGGUCUGAGGCGAGGCUGGUGGACUUGUACUGUUGGCUCAAGCAAUGUAUUCUGUACUCUUAA